GAGAUGAGUACGAAGAUCUAUGGGUAGACGCUUGGAUUGACAGAUUGCACAACAAAUUGACACAAAUAGAAAACAUUACAGAUUUUACCAAAAAUAGAACAGUUACAGGUUACAAAUAGGCAUCAGAAUAUAUAUAUCGUGAUACCAAAACAGAAGGUGGAAAGUAAAACACAGAACUUUAAAUAUUUCACGAGAAAAUAGAAAAUAUAGGUUCAGUAUAUUAUAAGGGUAAAACAGGAAAUACUUAUAUUAUUGUUAUGGAAGGAACAAUUACAGAAACACCAAAACCUAACCCAUGGGGUCAUCAUCAAACUGGAGGUUCACCAUGGGCAAAGACAACUGAAGUAAUACCAUGCUCUCUUGAAGAAGUUAUGAGUGAGCAGUUGGCAGGAGAACUGCAGCAGAAAGAAAAUACCAGACUAGACACAGAAUCUGCACAAGCAAUGGGGGUUGAUGUAGAUCCAGAGAUCCAGGACCUGAUCGGUGCGGCGGCAUCAGAUAAGGACACAGACAGUGAUGCAGUUCUAGCUCGUAUGUUACAAAUUCAGUAUGACCAGGAACACAACAAACUUCUACAAGCUGAGGAGAAACAUUAUAAUGGAACUAAUAAAGUGACUGUAUCAUUCAACAAUUACAUCUGUCCACACCCAACUUACAGUGAUGAUGAGGAGGAAGAACAAGAUGAGGAUGGUUACAUUGAGAAAUCACCCUGGGAUGAAAAGUCACCAUCGUUCAAUGCCCAGGGCUAUGCUGGUAAAGGAAAAAACAUUACAACUAAACAUGAUGCUGUGAUUUGUGGUAGGAAAAACGCUUCCAAAAUGAUGAAUUUUCCUCCGGAAUUUGUAAGUGGAGACGGUGAAGGUAUGGACAUGCAACUUCCUAACCACGUAUACAAUAAACUCAAACGUCACAGUGAUUCUGAAAAUAAAAGAAAUCAAAGAUUGCAUGACAAGAAAGAACACUCUACAGCUGAACAUGCAAUGGAUCCCAGAACUCGACUGAUACUGUAUAAACUUGUCAACAAUGGUACACUAGAAUCAGUGAGUGGUAGCAUAAGUACAGGCAAGGAAUCCGUCGUACAUCAUGCAUUUGGUGGCAGUAUUAAGGACCGGUCUUUGCCUACAGAAGUUGCAAUCAAGGUAUUUAAAACCACGCUGAAUGAAUUCAAAACUAGAGAAAAAUAUGUGCAUGGAGAUCACAGAUUCUCGAAAGAUGACUACAAAAAACAGAAUCCACGGAAGAUAAUCAAAAUGUGGGCAAUGAAAGAAACUGCUAACCUGAAUAGGAUGAGGAAGUUCAACAUUCCCUGUCCGGAAGUACAGUUGCUACGGAAACAUGUGCUGGUGAUGUCAUUUAUCGGACAAGAUCAGAUACCAGCACCUAAAUUAAAAGAUGCUAAAAUGUCACAAGCAGAUCUCGAGGAUGCUUAUGAUCAAGUGCUCGCGUUUUUAAAGAAAAUGUACAGAGAAUGUGGCCUAGUGCAUGCUGAUCUCAGUGAAUAUAACAUGUUAUGGUGGAGAGAGAAGGUCUGGAUCAUCGAUGUUAGUCAAGCAGUAGAUGUUACACAUCCUAAAGCCAUGGAGUUCCUGUAUAGGGAUUGUUCUAAUGUUUCUAGUUUUUUCAUAAAAAGUGGUGUCCAUAAUGUACUAUCUGCUGAGCGAUUGUUUAAUAAAGUAACCAAACUUGACAUUAAGGGACAAGGGUCAGAUUUUGUGGCACAGGUACAAAGAUAUGAUAAAGAAAAGCGUGAAGAACUAUUAGUGACGCAGUUAAGCAGUAAAACUUACCCAUUUGACUAUUUUUUUGAGAAAUCACAGCGCGAGAGAUCAGACUUUGAUCAGUUACAGAUCUCAGACAGUGACAGUGAUGAGGAAGAGGAAAACUGAGCCGCACUAGAAAAUGUUGCGGAAAAAUUGAAAAGGAUGCCUAAAAAAUAUUUCUGAAAAUGUUUUGGCAAGGGUCUUAAAAAUGAAAAACCCAACAUAAUUGAGGAAUUCAGGGGUUGGCGUGUCUGACAGGGUUCUGAAAAUCAAUCCAACAAUUUUUACCUGCUUUUCGUUUCGUGUUCCUUAGAUCUUUGCUUUUUUUCCUAGUCAUUUUUUUACAGAUUUCAGAUUAUGUAGCCGUUUAUCUCAGUUGGUAGCAGUAGCAGAGGAGUCCCUUUAUCUGCACUUGUACAUGUUUUUGUUCAACAUUACAGUAAGCAGCCAAUGUAUUCAAUUUUAAGAUUUUUGUAUGUUUAUGAAUUGUCUAACCAAGCAGUAGUUUUUCUGAAGAGGAAUGAAUUGAAAUGGUGCCACUGUCUGUGAUAGUGUUUUAGUCAAAUAUGAAAGAUAUUUUUUAAUUUUUGUUCUUGAGUGGUUUAUUGAAAUACAACAAUGGAUUUUAUUUUUAAAAUUUCAGUUUCAAACAGUAGGAUUUCCAUUUUGUAAUUUACUCUGUUACCAAACUUUACUUGAAUGUGAAAGAGAAGGGAUUGUAAAUAAUCAGAUUUUUUUUUUUUCAAAAUGUACAUCAAUAAAAAUAUACAAGAAUUUAAUUACCGACCAAAACAUAUAGAUAUGAUCUUAACAGUACAAAAAUAUAUAUGAUGAUUCUAACGGUAAUUCAAUUAAACAUUUUUAUAAUACUAACACUGUGGUAUCUUGAGUUUUGAUGUGACAUGGCCCAGAGCAUGUGAUGCUGGUAUAAUUCGAUAAAAAGUUUUAAAAACCAUUGGAAACACAUGAACUAAAAAGAAAAUUUGUUUGUUUUACCUGAAAGAUCCAGCUGUAUUUCAUUCAUGAAAACCAGAUUUUAAGAUUUUCUUUCAAGCCAGAAGUAUAUUGCAUUUGAUGUUCACUAAAUCAAAGGUAUAUAAUAUUUUAGAGUGUCUUACUCUGAAUCAAAAAUAUAUCCUCUUUAUUUUUCACCAAAUGAACAUCAGAUCCAGUAUUUUCAUAACUUAACCUUUACCCUGCUUAAUUUCUAUAACAAACUUGGCCAUCUUUCAAUUUGUACAGUACCACUGACUGUUAAAAGACUUACUGAACGGCGAACAAUGCAGAUCAUGAUCAGACUGCACAGAUGUGCGGGCUAAUCAUGAUUUACACUGGUCGCAAAGGCAGGACCAGUCGUGUCCAGCAUGGUAAGGGCUAAAGAGAAAAUAUGGAACAUAAGUUGAUCUACAUAGUCAAACUGUUCGCUCAAACUUGGAUAAUUCAAACAAUACCCUUUGCUCAAACUGGUCCCGGCAAAGCCUGUAUUUUGUAUAUUGUUUCGGUGGCUCAAACCACUGAUAAGACAAACAAAUUUUGCCGGGUUCGGUCGAGUUCAAGCGAACAAAGUUCUGAAUUGUUAUAUUAAGUAUUAUUUGUGUUACGAUUUCUUAUUUUCAUGUUUACUAAACUGUGAUAAUAGAUUGUAACAUGAAAAACUUACUUUUUUCCAUUGAGUCUAUAGUACCACAACAAUACUUUCUUUGGACAUGAAGAUUAAUUGUUUCUUGAAAGGAUAGAAAUUUACUUUUUUAUAUUAACAUGUAAUAUGAAGUCUAUUAAAGGAUUGUACUCCUGUGCACAUGAAAAGGGUCUAAGAAUAAAAUAAAGUUUAUUUUAGAUAUACAUGUAUUUAUAUGAUUGUGAUUUUGCAUUUAUUUGUAUGGUGUCCUUUGCAACUCUUUUUAGAAAAAAGAGAUACAUGUAAUAAAGAAUUUAAAAUUU